AUGCAUCCCCUCUCCCUUCCGCUCUCCUCUCCCGCCCUUCCUCCCUCUCUCCCCGCACGAAUGAAUCAAUGCUUCUUUCUUUCUCCCUCUCCACUACCUCUCUCCACUCCCCGCGUGCCUUCCUCUCCCUCUCUCCCCGCACGCUUACUAUCGCAUGCGCGUGCAACUCUCCCCGACCGCCAGCACUCCCCCCGACACCACUCUGGCCCGACCUGCGCCCUUGCCAACAAGAACAACACCCCCGCCCGCGUUCGCCCCCGCCUUUCUUUUUUCUUUUUUCUUUUUUCUUUUCUCCCCACCGCCCUAUUGCCCCACCGCCCUAUCGCCCCACCGCCCGAAUACCGACCGACUGACCGUCUGCAAACCUUCCCUCCUCUCCCCCCCGAACUCUCUCCUCUGCAAACUCACUCUGCACCGCCCUCUGCCGAACACCGCGCACCUUCAACCAAUAAACCUACCCGCGUAUACCACCCCCUUUCUCUUCUCUUCUCUGCCUGCGUGUGUGAAUGA